UUUGAUGGAGUAGGAACAAGGCAGUUCUUGAAAGCUAUUGGAGAAAUAGCAAGAGGAUACAACCAAUCAUCCAUCCCUCCAAUUUGGUGCAGGGCUGAAAUGCCCAUAAAGCAACAAGAUUCAAAUCCAAACAACUCACCAAUACCACCACCAUCAUCUUCUUCAGCUCUAAUGACCCUACAAAGAAAAUUCAUAGACAUCCCUCCACACCAAAUCACCAAAAUGAUGAACAAACUCAUCAAUCAAAAGUGCUCCACAUUUGAUGUCCUUGUUGCAAAGCUUUGGAGAAGUAAACUCAGAGCCAUCAAAACUAACCCUGAUGUUCCUGCCCAACUUGCCUUUGAGAUUGAAACUUCAUGUGGGAAGGUUGUUAAUGGUAGUUUUUCUGAGGUUGUGGAGUUGAUACAAGAUGCAAAGAGAGGCCUUGCAAGUGAGUUCAAUGCUUGGGUUAGUGGUGGAUGUAAAGCUAAAGACAUGAAAUUGAGUUAUGUGAAGAUAAUUGUUAAUGAUUGGACUAGUAUAAGAUUUGAAGAUGUGGAUUAUGGAUGGGGGACAGCAAUGAGCAUGAUACUUGUUGAAGAUGUGCCUCUUCUUCCAACUUGUUUGUUCACGAAGACGCCGAAGUUGCUGAAUGGUGUUCGAUCAGUUACAAGUUGUGUCAAAGAAGAAUACAUGGAGGAGUUCAUCAACCAAUUGAACAAUUUCGAUGAUUAA